AUGCCCGAGGACCACGGGGCGCCUGCCUCUCCCGGGGCGGCGCGGAGCGCCCCGGACAGAGGGUCGUCGGCGCCCGCGCCCAGCCCGCAGCCCCAGAUUCCGAACCCGGGGUCCCCGGUUCCCCGGCGGCGCGCCGUCCGCGCCAGCGUCCCGCAGAAGCUGGCCGAGGCGCUGAGCAGCCAGUACGGGCUGAUCGUGUUCGUGGCGGGGCUGCUGCUCCUGCUGGCCUGGGCCGUGCACGCCUCGGGCGUGGGCAAGAGCGACCUGCUCUGCGUCCUGACGGCGCUCAUGCUGUUGCAGCUGCUCUGGAUGCUGUGGUACGUGGGCCGAAGCGCGGCACACCGCCGCCUCAUCCGGCUCAAGGACACGCACGCCAGCGCGCGCUGGCUCCGCGGAAGUAUCACACUAUUUGCCUUCAUCACCGUCAUCCUGGGAUGCCUUAAAAUUGGGUACUUCGUUGGAUUUUCCGAGUGUCUCUCAGCCACUGAAGGGGUGUUCCCCGUCACACACGCGGUGCACACGCUGCUGCAGGUGUAUUUUCUUUGGGGCCACGCAAAGGAUAUCAUCCAGUCUUUCAAAACACUGGAAAGGUUUGGAGUCAUCCACUCGGUGUUCACCAACCUGCUUCUGUGGGCCAACAGCGUCCUGAAUGAGUCCAAGCACCAACUGAACGAGCACAAGGAACGGCUCAUCACCCUGGGCUUCGGGAACAUAACGAUAGAGCUGGACGACCACUCGCCUCCGUGUAACUGCAGCCCUGCGACGCUCUGCUCGGCCCUCUCCCACGGCAUCUACUACCUCUACCCUUUCAACAUCGAGUACCAGAUCCUGGCUUCCACGAUGCUCUACGUCCUGUGGAAAAACAUCGGCCGCAGAGUCGACGGCCGUCAGCACCCGAAGAUACAGUUCAGGUUUCGCGGGGUGACGGCGGGCUCGGCCCUGGGCCUGGCCGCGCUGGCCGCCACGAUAGCGGUGGUGGUGGUGUACCUCAUUCAGAUCGGGCGCUCCAAGACCAAGAGCGAGUCGGCGCUCAUCAUGUUCUACCUGUACGCCACCACCUUGCUGAUGCUCAUGGGGGCCGCGGGCCUGGCCGGGAUCUGGAUCUACAGGCUCGAUGAGCAGUCGCUAGAUGAGUCCAAAAACCCGGCGCGCAAACUGGACGCGGACCUCCUGGUGGCCACUGCCUCCGGCUCCUGGCUGCUCUCCUGGGGCUCCAUCUUGGCCAUCGUCUGUGCCAAGGCCCGCCCCGCGUACACCUGGUACAACCUGCCCUACUCCAUCCUGGUCAUUGUCGAGAAAUACAUCCAGAACCUUUUCAUCAUCGAGUCCACUCACCGAGAGCCCGGGAAGCUCUCCGAUGACAUCAGGACCCUGCGGGUGGUCACCGUCUGCAAUGGCAGUGACACAUCCCUGGCUUCUUCCGGCCUCAAGAGCAGAGCUGCAGUCGGGGAUGAUGUGGCUUCCCAGGACGGCCAGAUGCCACCUGCCGUCAAUGGAAAUAUGUGCCUGAGAGAAGGCAGUGGCAAAGGGGAUGCAGGGCUGAGCUGGGAAGGGGCCCGGGGCCCGGUCAGGCACCCCCAUUUCUUGCAGGGCAACGCCAAGAGGAGCGUCCUGAGGAAUAUUGCAGCCUUUUUGUUCCUCUGCAAUAUUUCGCUUUGGAUCCCGCCAGCCUUCGGCUGCCGCCCCGAGUACGACAACGGGCUGGAGGAAAUUGUCUUUGGCUUUGAACCCUGGAUCAUUGUGGUCAACCUCGCCAUGCCCUUUUCCAUUUUCUACCGCAUGCACGCAGCUGCCUCCCUCUUUGAGGUCUAUUGUAAGAUAUAG